GCCAUGAGGUGAGGAACCUCUUUCCGUCCACGUGGAUCUCGCAGCCGACGACCGACAAGACCCGCGCGCGCUCCACGCGCUCGUCCCGAUCCCACACCCGUCCACCCGACCCGUCGAACCGCUCACCACUCACCUUCUCAUCCACCGACACGUCACGCGCAGGCGCCUGGACAAGAUCGCCUCGUCCAUGCCGCACCUCGGCACGUCCCUGCCGCGACCGAUCGAACGCGGAAAGGGCCCGAGUGGAAAUUCCCCAACAGACUCGGCGCACGAAACCUUUGACCCCUCGCGCGUACACGGCGGCAUCUCCACCGCGCUCAACCAUCCAAACGUCCACGGCGUCAGUCUCCAGGUCCCGGCGUCGAUGCCGGGGCACGAGCCCGGGUUCGUGCCGCCGCACAUAUACGCCAGCACGUACUCGCACCACGCCGGCGGCGGCUUGAUGGAUGCGCACCAACACGAUCCGAUGCGUGGCUUUGGCUACGGCGGCGCCGGGACCGGGUCGAUGAUCGACGGCCGCGGGCACACGCUCAAGGGCAGGGCGGCGUUGAAGGCGAGGAACGCGUUCAUGCGACAGACGGGGUUCCUCGAGCCGGACACGCCGAGCGCGCUGAGUCAGCAGCCGCCGGACAGGAUCGCCACCCCGGCCAUCGUGGUGGACGCCAACGGAGCCGAGUGACCCGGUUUGGUUUUUUUUUGGUUUUGAAAAACCGCCGACAGACUCGGGGUCUCGUCGCCAAAGCCGCAAAGAGCGCUCGGGGUCAUCGACGUGGGGCGAAAGGGAAGGGGACGAGGGACCGGCGAACGUCGGCGCGCGCGUCCGCGCAUCGUAUUAGCGCCAGCGCGUGCGGGUGGUUCGUCGGUUAGACGCCGGGGCGGCUUCAGUAUUAUGUCGGGACGAAAGCGUCCCGGGGAUACCACCGGGGAUACCGAGGGAACGGAGAGGGAUUCGACUCGACUGGACCUGCGUCGACGAACGACGCAUUGCUCGGAAGAGUUGAAUAUUCGAAUACUAACGACGGGGCGCGCGUGCUCGCGCGCCGACUUGUAAUAUGUACAACUGCGCACGUAGUGACC